AUGAUGGCGUUGAGCGGAAGCCGACGAUUGGCCCUGCCGUACCGCACACUUCGGCGGGGCGCGCUGCAGUUGACGUGUCUCUCGAACGCCUCGCGCUUGCGUGGAGACUGCCCUCAUUCUGCUCAAAGUCAGCCGUGUAAACAAAAUGGACAUGCGAAACGCCAGGAAGUCAAUGCGGUGGAGGAUAAUGAAGACGAGGAGUGGAAAAAUGUCGACAUCGACAUGGAGCUCGACCCAGUCGACAUAAAGAAGCUGGCGCUACCACUGCACGCCAUGGAGACAAUUCCACCGGACAUCAUCUCCAACAUUCUGGCGAAGGAUAAGACGAUUGUGUUCUCACCCACGCGGAAGCGAAUGGACGUCUGCCGUCGCCUUCGGCGAAUGAAAUACCGCUGCAGCGUUCAGCCGCUGGGAAAAGUUCUUCACUUCCGUUUCUUUUCGCUGGAAGGGCCUGUGAACGGUAGAGGGGCCGCAAAGGACAUUACGCCAGAGUGUCUUCAGCGGAUCAAAGCAGUACUGCGGACAUACACGCGGUUCAUCGUGACGGACGAUCAGUGGCCACUGGAGUUGUCGUUGGAAGUGACGCCACUCAUGCAGCAGCAGGAGCCGCAUCUGCAGUCAGAGCUGGAGGUGGCAGAGAAACUGAGUUGUGUCCUGUCGAAGGAGCUUUGCGUCGGGGCUUGGUGUGGCAUAUCCUCCACACCCAUUCUCGCCAAAAUGGCGUGUGACGCGGGCCAGAGGGAACACACUCUGAAAUCUAAAGAUUUCUUGACAGGCGGCAUCGUGUACAUCAACCAGUACAGCCUUCCAACUCAUGAGUCGCUUGAAAAAUUUAUGGCAGAUUUGCCAGUAAGCGCUAUUCCUGUUGUGGGUGCAGCACAGGUGAAGCUGCUGAAGGACGUGUACGGCAUUACAAAGUGCGGUGAGAUCGCUGAACAGGAAGAGCGCUUGGGCUACAGCCUGUGUCCUGCAACGACAGAGUACUUUCUCUCUAUUGCCUAUGGCACGAUGCGGCUACGGGGGGAGAUUGCUACAACGUUGCUGCGGAAGGCCUCGCGGUGCAAGACGGCUCAAAUCCGCCGCGAGUCUCAGUACGGUCGCGUCGUCCCAGAGGAGCAGUUCAUUGGCACUGUCAUGACAAUCUUCGAUACGGUUUACAAGGAUCUUAUCAUGCACGACUUUGUGUGUGGCCGUGUCUCACUAGAGACGCGGCGCACAGUCCCGCGUGUGUUCUGGGUCACAGAGGAGUAUGAGGACUUAGGCACGCGCACCAACGACCGUGACCUCCUACGCGAGGUGGUGCUGCGCCUCGCGAAGCAGUUCGCCCCGCGGCGCACGAAGGAGCUGCUGGAUGUGUACAGCAUCUGUGUUCACUUCGCAGACAUACGCUCGUGGACGGAAGAGCACGAGGGCGCUGACGUCGGCAGCAUGUGCGGUAGAGGUAGAGGGCGGGGUCGCCGCAAGCUUGAGACUCCUGCGAGCCCGGAAGAGAAGAAGAGACGAAUGUACGCUCGCAGUCCCCAGGCACGAAAGAAGACGGAGGCAAAUGAGCCACGUGGUAUCAUGGUUGUGAUGUAG